CUCUCGUUGCUUCCUCCUUUCUCGCCGCCUCUGCUCCCGAAACCCUAGCCGCCCACUUCGCCCAUCGGCUACUCGCAGGGAGAUUGGGUUAGGAGAUGGCUCGGGCUCGAAGGUUUUGUUGAAGGAAAUGGAGUACCCUGAGCUCGAAAAAUGGGUUCAUUCGCAUGGAUUUAGGUCGGGGCAAGCUAUGAUGCUGUGGAAAUGUCUAUACGGGAAUAAUACUUGGGCGCAUACCCAUGAUGAAUUGCUCGGUUUGAAAAAGGAAUUUAGACAAAUGCUAAGCGAGCAUGCUACUCUCAAGGCAUUAUCAGUGAAAGAUAUCCUUACUGCUUCGGACGGAACUCGGAAGAUUCUGUUCAAUCUGGAAGAUGGAUCAGUGAUAGAAACAGUAGUCAUUCCUUGCAGUAGAGGGAGGACCACAGUUUGUGUUUCGAGUCAACUGGGCUGCGCCAUGAACUGCCAGUUUUGCUACACUGGGAGGAUGGGCUUGAGAAAACAUUUAACGACAGCUGAAAUAGUUGAACAGGCCGUCUUUGCUCGCCGAUUGUUCUCUAGUGAAUUUGGAGCUAUAUGCAAUGUCGUGUUCAUGGGUAUGGGUGAACCAUUGCAUAACAUAGAAAAUGUAAUCAAGGCGGCGGCCAUAAUGGUUGAUGAGCAAGGGCUUCAUUUUAGCCCUCGAAAAGUGACCGUCUCAACCAGCGGGCUUGUCCCUCAGUUGAAGCGCUUCCUUCGUGAAUCUAACUGUGCGUUAGCUGUGAGUCUCAAUGCCACGACAGAUGAGGUAAGGAACUGGAUUAUGCCAAUUAACCGCAAAUAUAAUCUUAGCCUGCUUCUCGAGACCUUACGGGAGGAAUUACGCCUGAAGAACAAGUAUAAAGUACUAUUCGAAUAUGUCAUGCUUGCGGGAGUAAAUGACAGCAUCGACGACGCGAAGAGGCUCAUAGAACUCGUCCGGGGAAUCCCUUGCAAGAUCAACCUCAUCUCCUUCAAUCCCCAUGAUGGUUCUCAUUUCAGGCCAACACCUGAAGAGAAGAUGAUAGAGUUUCGGAACAUUCUCGCCGAAGCUGGGGUGGUCGUCUUCCUGCGGCUCAGCCGUGGGGACGAUCAGAUGGCUGCCUGUGGACAGCUGGGGGACCCUGGCGGCGUCCUGCUGCCGCUGCUCCGUGUGCCCGGGCGGUUUCAAGCAGCUGCUCUCUGAUAAAAUAUAGAUGCUGUUCGGAUAGCCCGGUACGGCGAAUACCGAAAAGGAACUCACUUGUCUGGAAAUACUUGUAUUGUUAUCUUAUGA